UGUUAUAGUUGCUGGUGAUACCUCGGGCCGCCAUGAAUCUUUCCUGCAGGUGGGAGAUGCUCCUUAUUAUCAGUUUGUGGAUUCAAGUGAACUUAGUGCCUGGAACGUAUUGUACGGAUGCAGCUGCCAGUCUUCUGUCGAUGGAAGAUAUUUUGCUCUUGAAGGACGAGCAGGAUCCUAAAUGUUUCACCCGGACAGGAAAGGAUUUCAUCUGCUUCUUUGAGACCGCAGACAACAGGACGUAUGAUUUACUCUACAAGGUGAACAGCGUGUGGACAGAGAUCAGGUGUGUCCAGAAACCAGAAAACGACACUGUCCUCCACAUCUGCUCAUUUCCGUCUGCAGAUGUUUUAUUGUUUGUGGAAACACACAUUGUCGUGGAGCACAACAGCAGCUCGAGCCUCUUCAACAGGACCGUCUCUGUGGAGGACCACUUUCUCCUGGAUCCUCCGCUGAACGUGUCUUUACACCAUAUUGAAGAAGCAGGGCAGCUGCUGGUAACGUGGAGAUCAGAGGUCCCGACGUACUGUUCACGUGUGAUGCACAGGAUUCGAUACUCCAUCAACGGAGAGAAGACAGAAAAGGUGAAGCAGGAUGAACACAACAAAUUCAUACUGGACUAUCUGGUACCAGGGGAACAGACGGAGGUCCAGGUCUCUAUUAAAUGUGCCUCUGAUAUCAGAGGGGGACACUGGAGCUGCUGGUCACAACCUGUGAGAGGCAUCGUUCCCCAAAGAGCUGAUGAUGUUUCACUGAUGUGUUUCACCUCCGACUUACGAAACGUCACCUGUCAGUGGGACAGCAGCAGAUACGGUUUAGAAAACAACCUCAAACUUUUCUACAGGAUCGGAAACAGCAAAGGAUGGAGCGAGUGUCCGACUGAUGAGUUCACUGAGCUGUGUCGUUUCCAUGGAGACGACACCAGAAACAUCCGGAUCAGAAUCAGCAGCGCCGCAGCUCCACUCGGACGAACCUUCUACAGUCAGGACAUCGCUAUGAACAACACCGUGAAAACAUCUGCACCAGGUCAUCUGGGAGGAGCAGUGGAAAAAAAGAAACUGUGUUUGAAAUGGAAAGCUCCUCUUCUCCGCCUGUCAGCUCACCUGCAGUAUGAAGUGGCCUACCGGACCAGACCGGGUGGACCGUGGACGAGAGUUUCCGUAGAGGGACCAGAGCCUGGAACGUGCCUGGAUGUUUCAGCAGGGACUCGGUACCAUGUGAAGGUCAGAGCUAAACCAGAUGGAUCUGUGUACUCAGGCCUGUGGAGUGACUGGUCACAUGAGCUCACUUUUCAAACCCCCAUUGACGCAGGUUUGUGGCUGUGGCUGUGGCUGUGUAUCCCCGUCGUGAUGCUGAUAACUGUGAUCUCUAUUAUUUCUACAUAUCUCAGUAAGCUGAAGGAGUAUUUUUGGCCUCCGCUGCCAAACCUGGACAAAGUCUUACUCAACUUUUUGACAGGGAUCGACAAGCAGAGUUGGGAUCCUCCUCUUACAUCAAAGCAGUGGUCUGAAGAAACCACUGAAUCUGUGCUGGAGAUCAUAUCUGAGGACGUGAAGAAACCAUCAGAAGAAUCCAACCAGCUGCUGCAACCAGAGGAAGCUCCCUCCAGCGGAGGGCAGGUAGACGGAAACACUGGAGCUGAAGUGCUUCCAGACUAUGUGACUCUGAACAAAGAGCGUGUCAUUCUUUGUCCAAAGAAAAACAUGUACACGUGUGAGACGGUUGGAGAGAAACAAGGCCCGGGGCCGGAGGUUGAGCUUCUCCAAACGAGUGGAUGUUCCAGCACUAGCGACUCGCUCCAUGUCCCACAAUGCUUAGCUAAUGACUUCCUCAACCUUUCUUACAAGCCUCUGGCUGAGGCUGCAGACAGAUUUGACUGCAGGGUCUCUCCUGCAAGGGAACCAGGUAACAUCUACACUAACUUACCCUGCAGCUGAAUGUGCAGUAAAACAAGCGUGCUUUGUUUUCACUGGGGCAGAUCUGAGGUAUAUUUUACACUUUCAGGAGAACUCACUGUUUACUGCAUCAGUGUAACUUAAAAACAAAAGUGCUCAGGUGGACAAAACACAUUUGUAAACAAGAAUAUCACAUUUUUAUAAGACUUCAACCUUUUGGUUAAAAUGCUGCUCCAGAUAUUGAUACACAAACAGUGAUAUAUUGGACUUUUGUUUGUAAUUGUAUAUAAGAUUUCCUGCACAUUGUGACUGGCGAUAUAUAAAAUCGUCACGAACGGAAACUCACUUUGAAAGUAAUAAUUUAAAGGCACCUCUCUAAUAUGUUUAGAGUAACCUGGAUAAUGGUUUCAUAUCUUUACUUUAUAUUCAAUGUAUCUUCAAUGUAUUUUUUUUUUUAUUGCACUUAAAACAUUUAAAGAGACAUCACUACUACGUCAUCUCCUCCCAAACAACUUUGUUCCUUUUCAUUAUUUCUUACAUUAAAACUCAAGGGUUUGUAUUUUGUUGCAAUAAAUAUCGAAUGGC